CUUCUCCUCUGCAACCACUGAGAGCCACCGAAGCGCCAUCUUCUCACUGCUCUGCAGCCUUUCUGCAAAAUCCCUCAAUUGUCUCUUUCUCUAGCAGCUUCCCGACGACUCGUAAUUUAUAAAGCCACAGCCUUGUUCCUACAUCUGCAAGUACAAUUUUCUUCUGCCAUCUGUUUUCAAACCCCCGUACUACAUUAUGCUGCCUUCUCUCGGUUUCUUCCUCACCGAACACCUUUUAACUCUUGCCGCAGGCCAUUGCUAGCCACAGAAAUUUCAAGAAAUCUUUGUGAUUUACGUGUUGAAGGUGUGGGUUCUGUGGUUGCUAGCAAGGUGUUUGAUUAAAGGUCCGUGAGAAUUCGCAUACGCAGCUACGUCUCCCGUCGAACGUCAAAGUCAAAACUCCGUUGAUUCUCUCUCUGUGUACGGCUCAACAGUCUCCAUGAAAUGGUGUCUUCACUGCUAACACUUCCUUCUACGAUUUCCGUCGUCAGUCUUCACUCACAACGUUCGCUUUCCUACGCAUUUAAAGGUCUCAAAGUACUAAAACGCCAUAGGCAUCAACUAAUAAUACCUAUCUGGUCACCUUUCUCGUCUUAUUCUUCUUAUUUCCCGUCAUUCCGUUCUCUGUUCGCCCAUUUUUCAACUUCAAGGCAGUCCAUUUUCCCCCAAUCAUACAAUAAGAUUACGGUUCGAAAUGAAGAUUUGGUUGUUCUUGGCAUCGAAACGAGCUGCGAUGAUACUGCGGCUGCUGUUGUGAGAGGGAAUGGGGAAAUUCUCAGCCAAGUCGUGUCUUCGCAGGAAGACCUGCUUAAUCGAUAUGGAGGAGUUGCACCAAAAAUGGCUGAAGAAGCACACUCUCAAGUCAUUGAUAAGGUUGUACAAGAAGCACUUGAUGAAGCCAAAUUAAAUGAGAAAGAGCUAUCUGCAAUUGCUGUUACCAUUGGCCCUGGUUUGAGUCUUUGCCUUCGCGUUGGUGUGCAGAAGGCUCGAAAAAUUGCUGGAAGCUUUAAUCUGCCAGUUGUUGGUGUGCAUCACAUGGAGGCUCAUGCUCUGGUAGUCAGGUUAAUGAAACCAGAAUUGCAAUUUCCUUUCGUGGCCCUACUUAUAUCAGGAGGGCACAAUCUACUUGUUCUUGCUCAUGAUCUUGGCCAGUAUACACAACUUGGGACCACGAUAGAUGAUGCAAUAGGUGAGGCAUUUGACAAAACAGCAAAGUGGCUGGGUCUAGAUAUGAGAAGAAGUGGUGGGCCAGCUGUUGAAGAGCUUGCUAGAGAGGGUGAUGCAGAAUCCAUCAAGUUUUCUAUUCCGAUGAAACAGCAUAAAGAUUGCAACUUCUCAUAUGCUGGCCUGAAGACUCAAGUGAGGCUGGCUAUUGAAUCGAAAAAUAUCAAUGCUCAAAUUCCCAUUUCUUCUGCAAGUAGCGAGGAAAGAAGAUCUCGAGCUGAUAUUGCUGCUGCUUUCCAGCAAGUUGCAGUAUUACAUCUUGAGGAAAGGUGUGAACGAGCAAUUGAAUGGGCUUUGAAGAUUGAGCCUUCCAUAAAUCAUUUGGUGGUCUCAGGAGGUGUUGCAUCAAAUCAAUAUGUUAGGACUCGACUAAAUCAGGUUGUGAAGAGGAAAAGCCUACAACUUGUAUGCCCUCCUCCCAGCCUUUGUACUGAUAAUGGUGUAAUGGUGGCUUGGACUGGCAUUGAACACUUCCGCAUGGGAAGAUAUGAUCCUCCACCACCCCCCGAGGACCCUGAAGAUUUUGUGUAUGAUUUGCGUCCGAGGUGGCCACUUGGCGAGGAAUAUGCUGACGGAAGAAGUUCAGCACGCUCCCUAAGGAAGGCCCGUAUCCACCCAUCACUUACAUCUCUCAUCCAAGCUUCUCUGCGACAAAAAACAUAGCGAUUACAUAUGUUUAACACAAUAAAUUUUCUUGUCUUGAGCCAAGCUUCUUGCGAUAGACACAAAACAGUUUGCUAGGAAAGCUGAGAGGUGCAAAGUCUCAGGUGCAGUUCUGAGAGCCUUUGUCGAUAGAAAGGAAGUUGCUAGUCAAGAUAGAAUCAUCGACGCCUUGACAUUCCCUUGAUGGGAACUGCUGUUGUAUUCUGAUAUCACUGUUCAUUUGUUAAGUCAUAUAGCACAGUAAUAAACGGUUUAUUUUAAGUUA